AUGAAAAUUUUCUUAAAACGGACAACUUUCCUCCUAGCUUAUAUUCUAAUAAUGUCAGUUUAUGGUUCAAAAGAACUGGUUUAAGAAAACCACAUUAUCAAAUCAAAACUCUAUUGUGAAUUUAUGAAUGGCAUAGAUGAAUAUAUCUAAAUAACAAAAAUGGAAAAUGACUUAUUUGGAAUUAAAGCAUCAGACUUCACUUUCUAAAUUUAAUUCAAUUCAACUAAUUAAAUAGAGAAUUACAAAGAUGUUUUAAUAAUUUAGAAUCAAGACGAAUUCAAUGUAAAAUGAAAAUUAUUCUUUAGAUAAAUGUGUAUUUUAAUAUUGCUGAUUAUUAGAUAAAGAGCAAUUAUAUUGAUGGUUUUUUAUAUAACCAAGUGAAGUUUAUUAUAAAUACUGAAACUCAAUUAUUUUUUAAUAUAAUUACUUUUUCCUAAUCAAAAUUCAAAGAAUUCACUAAAAUUCAUUUUGAUAAAAUUAAUAUUAAAUAAAAAUUUGAAGAUCCUCUGCCAUUUUUUCUCUAAUUGAUUUUUAUAACCCCAUAAAACGUUGAAACUUAAAUUUAAAGUAUAAUCACAAAUUUCAAUCUAUUAAAUCAAGUUUGUGAAAUAAAUGAAUGCAGAACUAAUCAAAAGUUACAAUAGGUUAUCUAGAAAAUGGAUAUCUCUUAAAUAUAUCCAUCUAAUAUAUUAUAAGGUAACAUCACUAAUAAUUUCAGCCUAGUUUUCCAAGAAUUAGUUCCUACAAGAUUUUAACCUACUUAAUAAUAUAUUUUAUGUAGAAGUUCUAAGCGAGUUUGAGAUUCUCUAAAGAAUAUAAACUAAUUCUUGUAAUUUUAUUAUGCAAAAUUAAAUUCUAAUCAAUAAUUCCACAUUUUUAUGGCAUAAGGAAUUCUGUAGCAAUUCGCAAAGUUAUAUAUAUAUUAUUUAAUCCAAAAAAAGUACAAUUUAUAAUUAAAUCUAAGUUAGGUUAUGACCUUAAAAAAUGGCAAAACUAUAUUUUCUCUAUUGAAUCAAAGGAAAAUUAUGAACCAGAAAUACUUCUUAAUCAUUUUGAAAUUUUGAUUUAAUAAUCUAAUUGCAAAUCUUUUGAGAGAAUAAAAAAGUUAUUAAAAGUCAAUGGCAUUCUUUUACAGCAAGAACAAGUUUCAAUAGAAUCAGAAUCUACUUAUGCCAAAUACUAAGCUUCUUUAAAUACAGAAGUAGAUUAGGCAGAUAAAAAUUUGAUAAUAGAACCAAUUUAAAAUUUUUUAAUUAAAGACAGUGUUGAAGAAGAAAAUAAGAAAACUCCAACAUUCGAAUUAUAUCAUAAUUUAGAUUAAAAACCAACAUACAAAACAUUAAAUGGAGUUUAUACUCCUCAAGAUCCUGAAAUCUUUUUGAGGAAUGAUGAUUAGUAAAAUUAAAAUGAAAUAAAUAAUGAUUAGACUGAAGAAACAUAAAUAAUAUAAGAUGAGUAAAAGAAAGAAUAAUAAUAAAGUUUAUUAUAGAAAGAAGAAGAUAAUUAGUAGAAUGUAGAUUUUAUUGUAUAUGAAGAUCCUCUCAGUUGGAUAAAUUAAGACAAUUAGGAUGUAGAAGUUUAUUAAUUUAAUGAGAAUUAAUAAAUUUCAAAUGAUCAAACUAUAAUAUAAAACAUAUAAAAUAAUGAUGAAAUAAAAAACAAAGAUUAAUAAUAAUAAUAAGUUGUAUACAGCAAUGAAAAUACGAAAGAUGCAUCAAAUUAAAUAUUAUAAAUAUAAGAAACUUCAUAAUUGAAUUAAAUUAAUUAAUAAGAUAGCAUGAUUAUUGAAUAAUAGGCAAAAGUUGAGGAGAUUAUUUUAGAUGGUUAGGAUAAUACCUAAUCCAAUAAUUUUCUAAAUGAUUAAAAUAACUAUUAAUACAAUACUUAAAAUUUAGGUGUUCAACAAUUUUAAGCAAGAGAUGAAUAAUUAUAAUAAUAAUAAUAAUAGUAAUAAUAGUAAUAAUAGUAAUAAUAAUAAUAAUAAUAAUAAUAGUAAUAAUAAUAAUAAUAAUAAUAAUAAUAGUAAUAAUAAUAAUAAUAAUAAUAAUAAUAAUAAUAAUAAUAAUAAUAAUAAUAAUAAUAAUAAUAAUAAUAGUAAUAAUAAUAAUAGUUUUUAACUUAAUAAAAUACAAUAGGAUAAAAUGAUUUAACAGAAAAUGUAUAGUAGUAAAAUUAGAAGUAAUAGAAUAAAGACUAAUAUGAAUCAGCUAAUGAUUAUUACGAUUAUGAUUAUUAUACAGAUUUGUAUAGUGAUUAUGAUAGUGAAUAUGAUUUUCAUCCUAGAAGACAUUUAAGCCAUCAUCAUAGAAGUCCUAGAAUUAAACAUUUUCACCAUCAUCAUCAUCAUUAAUUAUCCAGAGAUGAGAAAGAUUAUGAUAAUAUAAAAUCAGAUUUAAGUAGAUAAAGUUAUUCAGGAUAGAAAUUUAAUUUAAGAGGAAAAAGAAGAAAUACCGAAUUAGAAAAUAAUGAUGAUAAUACAAUCCCUAUUAUAGCAGAUAGAAUAAUAAUAGAAUAUAAUUUUGUUACAGCAAAAGAGGAGGAUAUUAAACUUCAUGGGGAUGAUGAUGAAGCAAAACCUUAGAAUAAGAAGGAUGAAGAUGAAGAAUAAUAAGAAACUAAGGAUAAACCUAAGAACCAAAAAAAAAAAAAAGUAGAAGAAGGUGAAGAUGAAGAUGAAACAAAAGAAAAAGAUGAAGCUUAAGGAGGAGAUAAUGAAUAAAAAUCUAAUAAACCAAAAAGCAAAGCAUAAAAUAAAGGUUCAGAAAGUUCUAAAAACAAAAGUGAAAAAAAAGAAAAGACGAAGGAGAAAGAAAAAGAGAAACCAAAAAAUAAAGCUAAACCUAAAGCAAAGGCUAAGACUGAUGAAGAAGAAGGAGAUGAAAAGGAUUAAGAUAAAGAGUAAGAGUAAGAAUAAGAAUAAGAAUAAGAAUAAGAAUAAGAAUAAGAAUAAGAAUAAGAAUAAGAUUAAGAUUAAGAUUAAGAAUAAGAAUAAAAUGAAGACUAGGAGAACUAAGAUGAAGGGAACGAAAAUUAAGAUGAAUAAGGAUAAGAAUAAGAAUAAGAAUAAGAAUAAGGAAAUAAUGAUGAAAAUGGAAAUGAAGAAGGAAAUGGAGAAGAGAUGGAUGAAGACGAUCAAUGGAGGGGAUUCAGUUCAAAAGAUAAGGAUAAGAAAAAAGGAAAAAGCAAAGGUAAUGGAAGUAAGUAAGAAGAAGAGGAAGAAGAUGAAGAAUUAUAUGAUGGUGAAGGAAGAUAUAUUAAAAAUCAUCCAUAUUAUUAACAUAGAAAGAAUAAGAAAUCGCAUUAUCCAUAUAAUUAUCCAGGCAGAUAUCCUGGAGAUGAAUUAUUUGAUGAAGAUAUAUAUAAUAGAUAUAGAUGUAUGAAUAGAUAAAAUAGAUAUUAAAAUUUUGGAAAUCCAUAUAGUGGUUAUCCUUAUAGACAUCGUUAGAUCGUUAAUUAAAAUCCAUUUUAUACUGGAAAUCCAUUUUAUACAGGUAAUCCAUAUAUGAGACCUAAUCCUUAUUAAAGAUAUACUUCAAGUACUAGUUGUGUUCCUUGGAUGGUCAAAUAGAAUUAUCCUCCUUAUCCAGGAUAUGGAUAUGGGAGAUAUUCAAAUUUAUAUAGAGGAAAAUAUUAAGACCCAGAUUAUCAUCUAAGAGAGAUGUGGCUAAGAUAAUAAUAAUAAUAACAUUCCAAAUAACAAGUUUAAAGAUAUAGAGAUUAAGUUGGUUAUUUUAAUAAUUAUGGAUAUGAUGAUAUGAGACCAAAUUAUUAUGAAGCAUAUUAAGGAAUAAUUGAAGAUGAUCCUCGUUAUUAAGUAUACAAUAGAAAUAUUAAUGAUCCAAAUGUUUUUAGUCCUUUUGAUGAAACUGUUCAUUAUGGACAUAAUUAUGUUAGUGAAAAACAUUUUAAUGCUAAAGAGCAGUCUAAACCUUUGAGUCAUAGAAUGAUUUAAUAAAAUGCAGAUUUUGAAAGAUAAGAAAAUAAUAGUUGUUUAUAAGUGUUUGACUAAUGUUAUUUUAAGGGAAGAAGUUUAAAUUUAUGUGGAGAAUAUCCAGUAAUUCCAGAAGAUCUAAAUGGAUUCAAGAUAUUUUCAUAUAUUGUGCCAGAGAAUCUUGAAAUAAGAUUUACCUAAUCAGAUUAAAAUGAAGGUACAACUUAUUUUUAUAUAGAUAAUUUGUCUGAUAUUUCUGGCUCUGAAGAAUGCUUAUAAAUACCUUAUGAAUUAAUACCAUAAUCAUAAUAAUAAUGA